CGAAAAAUUAAAGCAAUCGAUUUUAUUUCAUUUAUAUUUUAUAAUAAUUUCAGUUAAUAAAUUCAAAAUCAGAAGUGCAGAAAACUUGGUGUUUAGUAUGAAACUUACAAUUAAAACAUUAGAUCAAAAGAAUUUCCAUAUCGAAGCCUAUGGCUUGAGAACUGUUGGCGAUUUAAAACGAAGACUCUUCGAAACAGGCAAUACAAAUCUUCUUCCCGAACGGCAACAGCUCAUAUAUGCGGGUCGUGUAUUGAAAGACAAUAACUUGCUUUCUCAUUACUCCAUAGAUGAGCGUAAGUUUCUAUUGGUGAUGGCGCGAAAACCGUGGAAGGAGUUAAAUACGAGAAUGGCCGAACAUGCCAAAGCCACCAUCAAGAAUAAAAGCAAACGAAUGCCUGAAACAAGAGCUCAAAAGCCGAAUACCGAGACAAAUAUUGUCCAAAAAAACGUGGCUGAAAUUAUAAACGUAAAACCACAGCAAAGAAAAAAAUCGAAAACUGUCACAAUACUCACAGCAGAGAAAUCUCUGAAAAAUAAACCACGCAUAGACGUACAGGCACAUCAGGAAUGCAUUAAUAAUAGGCAUCAGCCAACAUCAUCUAGUCCUACGGAAACGUCCGAUUCACAACGUUCAGGACGACCUCAAUCUCGAUUGAUGCGCAACAAAAAGGGCAAACAAUUAUACAAAACUAAACCGGUAAAGUCAACCAUAUCUUUGUUGAGUACCAGUAGAUCAAUGGCAAAAAAUAGGGCGAGUAAAAUGCGAACAAAUAAAAAAACUACAUUGAAGAAAUCAAAGCAGAAGGAAUGUGAUGAAUUUUUGCUGCGUAAAAUUGUUGCAAUGGGAUAUAAUGAGACUGAUGUCCGACGCGCUCUAAUCGCUAGCUUCAACGACCCCAAUGAAGCUGUCGAUUACCUCAUACAACACGUGCAAGAGCGCAUCGAGCAGCAGACAGCAAGGAAGAAACCGCAGCAGCGGCAAAAACGUAAAAAUUGUUCUUGUAGCCUAAUCGAACCAGUGAAAUCUGAUAAAUCCAAUGCCAUAGCGUUUUUACGAAACGACCCAGACUUUAAAAAUCUACGUCGUCUUUUACGUAGGCGCCCGAACAUGCUACAGAUCAUUAUAAAGCGGAUUGGCGCGUCUCACCCCGAACUUUUAUUUCUUUUGAAGGAGCAUGAAGAUGAUUUCUUGCAGCUGCUGCAUGAGAACAGUAUGGAUUCAGAAGAUGAAGAUUGUAGUUACAAGGCAAUGCAUAUCACGCCAGAGGAAGCUAAAAUCAUAGCGCGUUUGGUUCGAAUGGGCUUCAAGCGCCGGAUGGCCAUAUUGGCUUUUAUCGCCUGCGGCCGUAAUGUAGAAAAGGCUGUGGACUAUAUGUGUCGAAUCAGCGAUAUUCAUAUUUAAUAGAUGGAAACUAAGAUAUUAAGGAGUAUAUUUAUGCUCAGCUAGUGUAGGUUGUUUAAUUUUAUUUUUAAUUUUAAUUUUUAUUUAUUUAGUGCGUUAGUUUUAGACCAAAUUUGUUGUGUUUUUACUCUUAAAAUCUAAUAAAAUUCAGGAUUGAAUGCUACCACGAUACACCGAAAGGCGUUGUUCCAGAAGCAUAAAACCUCAUGACCCAUAAUUAGUUGAGUCGAAACUCCGGGGAAAGCAACAACAAAGUUACCAAAAUUAAAAUUUCCUGGCAUAUUGGGGUAUCAAAAUUGUGUGAGCACCAGAGACUCAAUAAAAAUAUGCACUAAUUUCAUUGA